AUCUCCUUUGCUGUCAUUUAUCACCAUCAAUAAGAAUCUGGUUUCUUCACUGGAAAAGGUGUGAGUCAGAGGUAGAAUUUUUAUCAGAGGGCUUUUACUGCUCUUUCUCAGAUAACAUAUCUCAGUAGGCCGACCAGCACAGGGAAUUCUGCAGUGUUAAUAAGAAAUGGAAGAUCAAGAUACAAAGACUACCAACGGCUCCCACUGUGAAGAAAACAACGGCCUUGUAGAACCGGAUUCUGCAAACUCAAGCAUCAAUGAUGAGAAUCAGAAGGUGCUCAUCAAUAGUCCUGGCCCAGAACAAGGAGGCGUGAAGUCAUCAAUAUUGAAAACCAGCCCUGGGACAGGGAGUGUUAAAAUUAGCAGGGUGAGUCUUUUUAGUUCACCAGACUCGCAGACACCCAGCAGUCCUGCUCCUGAGAAUUCAGAAGCUCGUAGAUCUGUUCGUGGAAGUUUAGGAUCUAUGGAUAACGAUGAUGUCCUCUGCGAUUCAUGCAUCGACGACAAGAAAAAAGCUGUCAAGUCCUGCUUGGUCUGCCAGACAUCUUUUUGUGAACCUCACUUGAAGCCCCAUCUGGAGGGGGCUGCCUUUCGGGACCAUAAGCUACUGGAUCCCAUAAGAGACUUUGAAGCCCGAAAAUGCCCACUGCACAGCAAAACCAUGGAGCUGUUUUGUCAAACAGACCAAACAUGCAUCUGUUACCUGUGCAUGUUCCAAGAACACAAGAAUCAUAACACGGUGACAGUGGAGGCUGAGAAGUAUGUCAAGGAGACAGAACUGUCUGAGAUACAGGAGCAGCUCCACCUCCAGCUGCUUGAUGUGGAUGACGAAGUGGAGAAAUGGCAUAAGGAGAAAGAUCGCAUAAGGAAUUUCACAGCCAACCAGAAAUCGGCCGUGGACCACAGCUUCAAGGAUUUGAUAAAAGAAUUGCAGAGACAGCAAGAGGAUGUGAAAGCCAAUUUAGAGCUGAAAGAACGCACAGCUGUUGACCUCAUUGAGCAAAUUGUAAAUGACUUGAAGGUGAAAAAGGAGCAACUUCAAGACAAGCAACAUGAUGGAGAUAAACUGUUACAUACUACUGAUGCAGUACUCUUCUUACAGGAAUUUCAAGUGGUAAUAAGAAAUGCUCCUCCAAUACCUCCACUACCAACCUAUACAGUGUCUAUGGAGGGAGAAAGGCUGACUCAGACUAUGGGAGCAAUAAAAGAAGAAUUGCUGACAGUCUGCAAAAAGAAUGUAGAGAAAUACUGCAAAAUGGAGGCUAAUAAAAAUCUUGUUGAAAGGAAUGUGGAGAACAGAUACAUGAUGAAGGAUCUUCAAACUGACUGGGCACAGCCAAAUGAAUCAUAUGGAAGGUUCAGCUCUCUCUUUAAUGUGAAAGGAGCAGGACGACAAUCCUUUCAGCCCUCUUCUGGACGUUCAUUAAAUGACAGUCCUUCUGCAGGCAUGAACAGCAUCUAUGGAACCAAAGGAUCACACAGGAUGUAUGACGCUUCUUCCUUUCCGACCCAAGAGGAUAACCCCAACUUCUCUCCUUCAAACUAUUCUCAGAAAGGUAUUUCUACUGGUUCCGGUGCUAGUAGCUGUGUGGGGAUGAAUCCAAUGAUGUCAAGGCACCAACCAACAAAAGCUUUGCCACAGACAUGGAAAUCCUCAAAGCAGAGUCUGCUGACUCAGCAACGUCCUUUCUAUGUGAACAAAGGAAAUACCACUAGUACCGAAUCCCCAUGAAUCCCUGGGACCAAGCUCUAAGAUUAUGUACCAAAGCUAUAGAUUUGUGGGCAGAAAGAGGGUGGGGAUCUGUGCUUAAUUCCUUCACUGCUGUUGUAGUGAAUGCGUUGUGACUGGAUUUUGCUGGGAAGAAGAAAACUGGUUUUAGUCUAGCCAAAGGC